AUGGCCUCCGAUACAAAGCGCCAGAACGCAGGACCCAGAGUUCCCGUUGCUCUUCCCAAAGGUGAACCGGCUUCCACUGUGUCUCCCGAUGUCAGUUUGCAGCAAGCCAUAGGAAGCCGUAUUCGCAUCAACCUCGCAUCACCGAGCCAGUCCACUGUCGAGGGCAUCGUCUACACUGCCGAUCCCAUCACCAAUCUUCUUGUCCUCAACACCAAUUCUACUUCUUCCACCAUAAUCAGUUCAUCAUCAUUGGCGGCUCCCGCAGGAACCUACCGCAUCAUCCCAAUUUCCUCAAUCAGCAGCUUCCAACUUCUCGCCAUCGGCCCACAAUCUCCCGAAAUACCAGCCAACAAUUCCGCCUUCAACACCAUUGAUACAACCGCUGUACAAGCUCGACUUACUAAGAACAUCACUGCUCAACAAGCGGCUCAAGCCCGUGUCGGCCCCAAGGGUACCACUCCUACAGACCAAGCCUUGUUCGACGCUUUGGCUCGCACCCUCCAGGCGAGCUGGUCUGGCAAUACCAUGCUUCUUUCCGAUACAUAUCUGAUUGACAAGCCAUAUGGACCGGUGAAUGUUCGUCUUAUUGAUGGUCGUCACGGUGACCUUGAGAGAAUGAAGAAAGUCGUUGAGAUGGAGAAAUCCAAAAUCCAAUUGAAAAUGUCCAAGGGACUUCUGGAUGGAAAGAUCUCGGCUGAAUCCACUCCCAUCAAAGGUGCCAGUCCUGCCGUCAUAAAGAAGGGCGGUUAA